AUGGGGUUCCCAAGUUUUAAUCCCUUCCGUGCUCGGGAGGCAAAGGGGCCAAAGUUGCCCGUAUACAAAGAACUGGCCUCCUCCAGGGCACGCACCCACCGGCCAACGCGCUCGCCAACCAAGGAACGCUACUCGGAUACCGAUGCCUCGUCCGAUGAAUCCAAUGAUGGCGACACCAGUGACUCUUCAACUUCAACUUCCCCCAGCUCAGGCUCGACACGGACAUCCUCCUCUAUCUCGUCCGCCGCUGCGCUCAUGCGGCCCAAGAAGCAGCCCGCGGGUACCCCCCGGCGGACACCAGUCAGAAAAUACCUCUACCGGCUGCCGAACAGGGUCAUACGGUGCCUCUGCUUUGGCAUGAUCUCGACGAUCAUCAUCUUCAUCUUCAUUCUGGUCCGGGCUAGCCACCUUGAGAACCAGAGGAUAGCGGAGGGCAAGGUGGACAAGAAGCCCGCGUUUGUGCCGCCGCCGUGGGAGGAGUUUGAGUUCCUCACCAGGUACUACGGCGGCGUCAGGACCGUCAUUCCCUUAGCAAACAACACACCAGAAUACCCGCUGCUUGACGAGGAUUCGCCCUACAACGUCAGCCAACCGCAGGAUCAGCAAGAGUCGGAGAAGAGGGCGGAGGAGGAGCAACCGUCGGUUGAGGCGAGGCCAGUGCCGCCGAGCAAGGCGUUCGCGGAUUAUCCGACAGCCAGCAUCCCAAAGUCCGCCGAUGGGGUUCGCGAGUGCUUCUUAGACAGCCAGAGCACCGUCAGAGUGCCGGCAAUACGCUACCUGGAAGGACGGCCCGCCGGGUUCCCAGACAACAUACUCGGGUCCUACGAGGUCCUGUCCCUCCCCGAAGACAUCUGCUUUGAGCGCUUUGGCAGAUACGGACCAUACGGCUACGGCUAUUCCGUCCGGACGGGCGGCCUCGGCCUUGGCGAGCACGGGGACCGGGAGGGCGCCGAAGCGGUCUGGGAAACCGCUCAUCAGGUUGACUGGCGAACCACUGACUGGGCGGCUGUCCAGCGGCAAUGCUACAAGUCCAACGCUGAGCGGUACAAGCCGCUCGCCGUGCGCGGUCCUCCUCCGCGCGGCUUCUACAUCGGUGACGGCCUCGAGACCCCCAAGUUGGCGGCGCGCAAUUCGACCGAGAAGGCCCAGCCGCAAGGGGAGAAGCGUCAGGGAGACAUCGCCAGAACCGCGGUUGUCCUUCGCUGCUGGGACGAGUUCGUCUGGCGGGAGGAGGAUAUUGUGAACCUCAGGGCGCUCAUCGCAGAACUGUCCCUCGCCUCGGGCGGUCGGUACGAUGUCCACCUUCUGGUGCAGGUGCGGAACGACGCCAAGAACCCCGUCUGGGCAGAUGAGGACGAGUAUCGCAGGCGUAUCAACGAAACCGUCCCGGAGGAGUUCCGCGGGAUCGCGACUUUGUGGUCGCAGACCCAGAUGCUCGCCGUCUACCAGGGGCUUGUCGAACUGUGGACCAAGGGCCCCGAACUCCCCGUGCACGGUUCAUACCGCGGCCUCCAGAUGGCGAUGCAGUACUUUGCCCAUAACCACCCGGAGUAUGACCACUUCUGGCAGUGGGAAAUGGACAUUCGCUACACGGGCCACUACCUCGACCUGUUCUCCAAGCUGGAGUCAUGGGCCAAAGCGCAGCCCAGGAAGGGUCUCUGGGAGCGCAACUCGCGCUUCUACGUGCCCCGCGUCCACGGCUCCUGGGAUGACUUCAAGCAUAUGGCGCGGGUGCAGACCGAGCUCGGCACCGUGGGCCCGGACAACCUGUGGAACGCCGUCCCCGGCUCCAAAGUGACUGGCGGCGGCAACAAGCCCUCUUCUCCCAAGGUGGCGGCCCAGGGCGAGCAGCCCGUCUGGGGCCCUCAGCGUCCACUAGACGAGGACGACUGGUACGAGCCCGAAGCAGACCCCAUCCCCCCCACCACCCACGAACGUGACAAUUACUCGUGGGGCGUCGGCGAGGAAGCAGAUCUCAUCACGCUGUCCCCGAUCUUCGACCCGGAGGGCACCAGCUGGGGGUUGGCCGACGACAUCACCGGGUACAACGAGACGGGCGGCAUCGGCAAGCCGCCGCGGCGCGCGCAGAUCAUCACCGCCUCGCGCAUGUCGCGCCGGCUGCUGCUCACCAUGCACCGCGAGACGGCCUUCAAGAAGCACCACGCCUUCCCGGAAAUGUGGCCGGCCACGGUGGCGCUGCACCACGGCCUCAAGGCCGUGUACGCGCCGCAUCCGAGCUUUGUCGACCGCGCCUGGCCGCCCGACUACAUGGCGCGCGUCCUGAACGGCGGGAAGAACGGCGCGUCGGGCGGCGCCCGGACGUCCAUCUACGGCGACAGAGAACACAACAUGCGCGGCGUGACGUGGUUCUACAACGCCGGCUUCCCGGGGAACCUGUACCGGAGGUGGAUGGGCCUGCGCGUGAACAAUGACGGCGGCGAGGAGUUCGAGCUCACCGUCGACUUGAGCGGAGAUGAUUUGACGCCUGGCACCAUGCGCGGCGGCGAGGGCCGCAUGUGUCUCCCGCCGAUGCUGCUGCAUCCUGUCAAGGAGGUGGAUUUGCCUGUCGAGCGGCAGGAGGAGAUCUUGCGGGGCAAUGUCCUUGAUGAUGAGACGCGGGAGAUACGUCGGGAUGAGAAGAUGUAUGAGAUCUUUCUAGACAUACCUGGAACACGCUCUCGCCAAUGA